AUGGCAGAGGCUUCUUUAUCGGCUGAGGAGUCCCUCAUGUGUCCAAUCUGUCUGGAUCUACUAAAAGAUCCGGCGACUAUUGCCUGUGGACACAGUUAUUGUAUGUGUUGUAUUAAAAGCUUUUGGGAUCAGGAUGAUCAGAAAGGAGCCUACAGCUGCCCGCAGUGCAGGGAGACCUUUGCCUCGAGGCCUGUUCUGAAGAAAAACACCAUGUUGGCUGAACUGGCAGAGAAACUAAGAAAGACAAGACUCCAAGGUGUUUUAUCUCCAGACUCUUAUGCUAAACCAGGAGAUGUUGAGUGUGACGUCUGUACAGCGAGAAAACUGAAAGCUGUCAAGUCCUGUUUGGUUUGUCUGAUAUCAUUUUGUGAAACUCACCUUCAAACUCACCUUGAAUCUCCUGCCUAUGAGAAACACAGGUUGGUGGAAGCCUCCACAAAAUUACAGCACAAGAUCUGUCCUCAGCAUGACAAGCUACUUGAAAUUUACUGUCGCACUGACCGAAAGAUGAUCUGCUAUUUGUGUGUAAUGUAUGAACACAAAGGCCAUGAUACAGUCUCAGCAGCUGCUGAGAGGGCAGAUAAACAGAGGCAACUGGAAGAGACCCUGAGGAAUUCUCAGCAGAGAAUUAGGAGGAGAGAGGAGGAGCUGCAGGAGCUGAAACAGGUUGUGAAUUCUCUCAAAUUCUCAGCACAGACCGCAGUGGAGGACAGUGUGAAGAUCUUCACUGAGAUGCUUCGCUCCAUUGAGAGAAAGUGCUCUGAGGUGAAAGAGUGGAUCAGAGUUCAGGAGAAAGCUGAACUGAGUCAGGUUGAAGGUCAAAUUAAGAAACUGGAGCAGGAGCUGGCUGAUCUGAGGAAGAGAGACUCUGAGCUGGAGCAGCUUUCACACACAGAGGAUCACAUCCAUUUCCUCCAGGAUUUCCAGUCUCUCUCUGUUUGUUCUGGAUAUAAAGAUUCACCCAGCAUCAUUAUCAAGCCUGUCUCUUCUUUUGAUGACGUGAAGAAAUCUGUCUCGGAAGUGAAAAUUAAAUUAGAGGAAUUCCUCAGUGGAGAUGUGAUCAAAGCUUCAGGAAAAGAUUCAGGACAGGUCACACUGGGUGCCAGCAUGGCUUGUAAAGAGCUCCGCCUGUCGGAGGAGAACUCAAAGGUGACUUGGAGCCCGAGGGCUCACUCACAUUCUGAUCCCUCACAAAGAUUUGACAGAAAUGCACAGGCUGUGUGGUAG